AUGGCUCUGAACGCGAACUGCAGGCCGGCUCCCCCGCUGGCGGCCCGGGAGAGCAGCGGGCCCCCGCUGCCUGAUGUGGUGGAGCUGAAUGUGGGCGGCCAGGUGUACUUCACCCGCCUGUCCACCCUGACCAGCCUCCCGAACUCGGUGCUCGGCAGGAUGUUCGGCCACAAGAGGAACUCGGCAGGCCCCGAGCUGGCCCGGGACAACCGCGGGCGCUUCUUCAUCGACCGGGACGGCUUCCUAUUCCGUUACAUCCUGGACUACCUGCGGGACAGGGCGGUGGUACUGCCCGAGCUCUUCCCGGAGAAGAUGCGCCUCCGGCGGGAGGCGGAGUUCUUCCAUCUGCCUGAGUUGGUCCGCAUGCUGAGCCCGGACGAAGGGCACAGCCCCGGCCUCGAGGAGCCCUCUCACAGCGACCUGGAUGAGCUGUCCCAGGGCAGCGACCUCCCCCGGGCCGGCAGCCAGGCAGCGGAGCGCAGGGCCGGCUUCAUCACGCUGGGUUACCGCGGCUCCUGUGUCCUGGGCCGGGAUAGCCUGCAGGGGGAUGCUCGCCUCUUCCGCCGGGUCCCCCGUAUCCUCGCCUGCGGGCGGAUCGGCCUCCUCAAGGAAGUCUUCGGAGACAAUGUGAACGAGAGCAGGGACCCAGACCGGACGCCGGACAGGUACACGUCCCGCUUCUACCUCCGCUACCGUCAACUGGAGAGAGCCUUCGACACCCUGGCGGAAGCAGGCUUCACUCUACUAGGGAGCAACUCCUCUCUGACCGGCUCAGUGUGCGGCCAGGCGAUUGACGACAGGGCAUGGAGCAGCUACACCGAAUACCUCUUCUACCGUGGUUCUUCCCGAUGGCCUUCACCACAGUGUGAAUGUGGCUGCAGAAAUGAUAAAAGCGAAAAGGAUGGAGAGAGCAUAACGUCCUGCAAUGAACUAUCCACUUCAAGCUGUGAUAGCCAGUCUGAGGCCAGCUCUCCACAGGAGACAGUGAUCUGUGGUCCAGUAACCCGGCAACCCAAUAUCCAGACCCUGGACCGACCAGCCAAAAAAGGGCCAGUGCAGCAAGUGCAGCAAAGUGAAUUCCGAAGGAAAAGUGAUCUGCUAAGGACACUCACCAGUGGAUCCCGUGAAUCCAAUGCAUGCAAAAAGAAAAUCAAAGAGAAACUGACAAUUGAGGAAGAGUUAGAGAAAUGCAUCCAAGAUUUUCUAAAAAUUAAGAUACCUGACAGGUUCCCAGAGCAAAAAUACCCAUGGCAACUAGAACUGUUGCGGAAAUAUCAUCUAUAG